AUGGACGACUCUGACGAUCGGUUGAUCGCUCGCCCGGAUCCGGUGGAAAUUCCAAGCUCCUCGCCACCAGCUGCGAUCCCUUUGCGUUCUUCGUCGUCGUUCCCGAGUGGUCUCGUGAACGUCCUUCCUGCGAUCGAUCGGCACACUUUACAAUCGUAUAUCAACGAUCUGUACGACUGCGCUGAGGCUGGUCAAGACCAGCUAGCCAGCUAUUGUGCAAUACACGAUCAGUUGAGAGCUCAGGAAAUUCGCGGCGCUCGCUUGGAACGCCAACUGCACGACGUUCAAGAAUUAGCAAGACCGAUCCGGCAAUAUGUGAACGAGCGGUACAACGCGUUGCGUAACUCGUUGGCCGAUGCCGAGAAGAAGAACGAUGACUUCCAAGAGGAAUUGGCUGUUCAAGCGGAACGUCUACAGGAAAUUCCGAUCCUGAAGUCUUCCAUCUUGUAG